AUGAAACUAUCGAAGUUUCCGUAUUUGGUCCAAAGUGAGAUUUUGGACCACAUGAGACAUUCGGAUCUGUUCUGGUUGUCGUUCGUCUCAAAAAAUAUGAAAAAACUGAUCAAAUCGUCUCAAAUAACAAGAUUCAAAUACAUAAGUCAUAUUGUGUAUGACGAUCCUAUGCUCAAUAAACGGUUGGUUUAUAUUCCCUUCAAAAACAUACCGGAAAACAUCAUGAGAAUUGUCGAGGAAACAAAAAAUGGAUUUAAAAAGAAAUCUGAAACUGUCCAUUUUCAAUUGAACGUAUCUGGAAAAGUAAUUGAUUUUCGAGUAACCAAACAGUACAAUCUUCCAGAGGCAUGUUUUCACCCGAAUGACAAAGAAUCUGCUAUCGAAUCCAUUCACAAUUAUUUUCUUGAUUUAUUCGGCGAUACUGUAGAGUGUCAAUGGAUAGCAAAUUAUCCCGAUGAUUUCAUUCCACGUCUUCACAAUUUAUCAUUAUGUAUUUCUGUUGGGCAUUCGUACAUCAGUAUUGAAGAGAUGGAAGCCCUUGAAACAUUUUUCGCCUCGUCUCCUGUUUUGAAACAUAUACGUUUGGAAACGUAUACAUCAGAGCUAUUCAGUCCGGAGUCCAAAUUCUAUCAGGCAGAAUCCAUUGACCUCAUACAACAUUCCAAUACCGUUCCUACUUUUUUACGUCACUUUCAAGGAAGACAGGCAGUUUUUAGAUGCUCUAAAUGUGACAUUUUGGAUUUGAUGGAGUUUUUGAAUAGAUGGAGAUCCGGAGAAGGGUCUAGGAAGUUGGAAUACUUGAAAAUAAUACUAUUAUCGAAUGACAUUGCCCUAAACGAAGUUCUCAAUGUAAACGGGGUGAAACAUAUUGAUGCAACUAAAACACCACCCAGACAUACGUUUCCCAAAGUGUUGAAACCAGUAUUUUUCCGAAUUACGGAUCCAAUCACCAGCCACUCAUAUAUCGUCAGGGAUACAGAUAAUCGUGUGGCAUCUGUUUCAAUUCGUGAAGAUACGCUUCGUUUCGGAGUAUGGAAAGAGACAGAAGAAGAGUUUCUGAGAAUGGUGAAGUAG